UUGUGUCUCUGUAUUAGUGCAGUAAAAUGGCAGAAGCCAGAUUUUCUCAGGAUGAGUUCUUGUGUCCGGUGUGUCUGGAUCUCCUGAAGGAUCCAGUGACCAUCCAGUGUGGACACAGUUACUGUAAGAGCUGUAUUACAGACUGCUGGGAUCAGGAGGAUGAGAAGAGAGUCUACAGCUGCCCUCAGUGCAGACAGACCUUCAGUCCAAGACCUAUUUUAGGUAAAAACACCAUCUUGGUUGAAAUGGUGGAGAAACUGAAGAAGACUAAACUUCAAAGUGCGGUUCCUGCUGGAGCUGGAGAUGUUCAGUGUGACGUCUGUACUGGAAGAAAACACAAAGCUGUCAAGUCCUGUCUGGUGUGUCUGAACUCUUACUGUCAGAAUCACCUCGAACAACAUGAGAGUUCGUUUAAAGGAAAGAGACACAAUCUGACUGAAGCCACUGGACGACUGCAGGAGAUGAUCUGCCAGAAACAUGAGAAGCUCCUCGAGGUUUUCUGUCGCACUGAUCAGAAAUGUAUGUGUGUGCUGUGUAUGGAUGAACAUAAAAACCACGACACUGUAUCAGCUGCAGCACAGAGGACAGAGAAACAGAAGCAGCUGAAGGAGACGCAGAAGACGUUCCAGCAGAGAAUCCAGCAGAGAGAGAAAGAUCUCCAGCAGCUGAGAGAGGCUGUGGAGUCUCAGAAGCGCUCUGCACAGACAGCAGUGGAGGACAGCGAGAGGAUCUUUACUGAGCUCAUCCGCUCCAUUGAGAGAAGCCGCUCUGAGCUGAUACGGCUGAUCAGAGAUCAGGAAAAGCAAGCAGUGAGUCGAGCUGAAGGACGACUGGAGCGACUGGAGCAGGAGAUCAAUGAUCUGAGGAGGAGAGACGCUGAGCUGGAGCAGCUUUCACACACACAGGAUCACAUCCAGUUCCUGCAGAGUUUCCAGUCUCUCUCAGCUCCUCCUGAAUCUACAGACGUAAAUGAUGAUCUCUUCAGUUCUCUCGUCUCUUCUGAUGAUCUGAGAGAAUCUGUUCAUCAGCUGAGAGACAAACUGGAGGAUUUCUGCAAAGAGGAGCUCAAGAAGAUCUCAGACAGAGAAACAUUCACCAACAUUGUUCCCAGGACCAGGAACCACUUCCUACAAUAUUCCCAUCAGCUCACUCUGGAUCUGAACACAGCACAUAAAUACCUCCGUCUGUCUGAGAGAAACAGAGUGAUUACUGUCACUGACACAGUCCAGUCGUAUCCUGAUCAUCCAGACAGAUUUGAUGUGUCUCAGGUGUUGUGUAGAGAGAGUGUGUGUGGACGCUGUUACUGGGAGCUGGAGUGGAGAGGAGAUUAUGGUGUGGAGAUAUCAGUGUCAUAUAAGAGCAUCAGCAGGAAGGGAUGGGGUGUUGAAUGUGUGUUUGGAUCUAAUGAUCAGUCCUGGAGUUUGUUCUGCUCUCCCUCCAGAUGCUCAUUCAGUCACAAUAACAUACAGACUGCUCUCUCUGUGAAGCCCAUCAUCAGGAGAAUAGGAGUGUUUGUGGAUCACGGAGCAGGAACUCUGUCCUUCUACAGCGUCUCUGACACAAUGAGCCUCAUCCACACAGUCCAGACCACAUUCACUCAGCCGCUCUAUCCUGGGUUUGGAGUUUAUCUUACUGGAUCAUCAGUGAAACUGUGUGGAUGAAUCAGAAUAGACCAGGGGUAGGCAACGUUGUUCCUGGAGUGCCGAUGUCCUGCAGCGUUUAGCUCCAACCCUGAAAAAAAAAAAAACUCACCUGCCUGUAGCCCUAGUAAUUCUGAAGACCUUGAUUAGCUUGUUCAGGUGUGUUUGAUUAGGGUUGGAGCUAAACUCUACAGGACAGCGGCACUCCAGGAACGACGUUGCCUACCCCUGGAAUAGACUGAUGAGAGAUUCUACCCAUAAUGCUUUGAGCUGCAUGAUAAAUUAGUAACAGUGUUAUCAAGUCUCUUCUUUUCUCUUUAUGACAUUAAUACUGCAGCUUUACUUCUGUCGGUGAAAUAACAUGAAUCAGAAUAAAUGUAAUUAAUCCUCACAUAGACAGUAAGAUCAGUGUGUGUGUGUGAGUCCUGCUGAGUGACCUUGUGUUUCUGGGCUUUUAUCAACUGACAUUUGUGUUAUUUAAAAUCAGUCAUUUAGUUAAUCAUAUUAAUAAUAAUGAUUAAUAAUUGAUAUUUUCAUUUUUAAAAAUUGAUUUUAAAUGAUAUUUUUUCAGUGUUAUUUCUGUUCUCUGACUGUUAUAAGUAAUUCUUCUACCCACUUGAUGAACAAAGGUGAUGGGUUUUAUUCCUCCUCUGUGCAGAUCUCCAGAAGACAAAUCCAGCACCUCCUUAUAACUUCUUCUCUCACCCUAAAAUCAGUUGACAUAAUAAUCAGACGAGUUACAAAAGGAACAAUACUGUAUGUUUCCCUGUGUAACCAUAAACUCAGACUACUGCUUAAAAAAUGAGAUUCAAGAUAGGAGUCAGCUGGUUAUCUAUUUUGCUCUGAUCUGUGCCGCACGUCUCGAUACAACAUCAUUCCCAGAGAGAAAAUAGUUCUUCACCAGCGGGCUGAUCUCUUUCAGGAAGAACAUUGUUGUUUAUCAGACACAUCAUUGACGAGUGCCUGGAAGACCACAAGAGCGUUGGACAGGCUGAACGGCAUAACCAAAUAUUCAAAAUGCCCCCUGGGGGUAUUAAAAGCGGUCUUCCACUCAUCCCCUUCCCUGACGUGGACCAAAUGAUAAGCGUUGUGAAGAUCCAACUUCGUGAAAAAGGAAGCCCCUUUAGCCGCUGUGAUUACCAGAGGUGAUGAGCUUGAUGACACCGGUACUCCGGGUGACUGAUGACAUAACUUGACCACCGAGAGCAUGAACAGAUAUGGGAUGUGGAAGCUUAACCACAGGAAUGUCGAGCUGCAAGGCAAAAGAGCACUCCCGAGUCCAACAAGGCCUGGCAGUUGUGGAAUUUGUAGGCCCAUUGUAGUCUGACUGGAAGGAGAGUAGCAGAAGAGGAUUUUUCUAGAGACACACCACCCAUCAAUAAUCUCUGAUCUAUUAACGGGCUUGGGCUUUUACUGGGCAAUUGGUAACAAAAUGGCCAGCUGCUCCACAAUAAAGACACAGUCCAUUGUUUUAUGGCGAUCCUUCUCCUCCCUGGUCAGUCGGGUUCUGCCCACCUGCAUGGGUUCCGGAUCGAGAGCAGGACUGACCGUAACAUUAGAAGAGUCUGCCAAAGGAAAUUAAAACUGACGCGUCAUCAAAAAUCUCCUUUUGGAUACAGUCAGUCAACCCAUGCAGGAACUGGUCCCACUGUGCCUCCUCGUUCCAUUUACUCUCUGCCACCAGAGUGCGGAAAUCAAUAGAAUAGUCCGUAACCGAAUGGUUGCCUUUUUGUAAAUCUGCCAUCUCCCAGAUGGGACCCAAGACCACUUGAUCAAACAAACACUCUCUUUAAUUCUUCGGUAAAUGACUGAAACGAGGAGCAGCCAGGAUGUUGAUUUUCCCAUACCACUGUUCCCCACAGAGCAGCGCAUCCAGCUAGCAGAGUAAUCAUUAAUGCCACCUUAGAUCGCUCCGUAGGAAAGCGUAGUGUGAAAAAAUAGCUGUGUCUCACUGGAAUAGGAGGAGGGUGGGGGUAGGCGAGGCUGGCCAUGAUGAUCCAGUCUCUCAGAUGGACAG